CUUCCGGUCCCUGCAGUGAGUGUUUUGGAGACGAGCGGCGGCUGUUUUGAAAGAACAUGAGUAACGAAUCUGAUUCUGAUCUCGAUGAAAGAAUCGAAUUAUUAAAACAGAAAUAUUUGCAGAGGAGGAAUCAGGUGUCUCAGCAGGUUCCAGACGCAUCUGCACUGCCGUCAGCUGAGGAUGAAGUGAGGAGAAAUCAGACGUGCAGAAAGAUGAGAGAUUAUAAUAAAGCCCUCAGAGAGAUCUACAGGACUCGAAGUGGAGCUGACAGUGCUGAAGAAGAUUCUCCUGAAGAAACAAACAUAUUCUGCACAGAGACAGACGUGACUCUGCCAUCAGAUCUGGCCCGCUCCUCCAGCUCCUCAGUGUUGAAGGACGGCAUGGAAGAAACCCGGAGCUCGAGCGGAGCAGCGGUGCGUGUGUAUCGGGAGAUGCUGCACAUCUACGAGAAGCUGCAGGCGGAGCGGCUCAGUCAGCAGGUGUGGGCGGCAGAACUGUGUGAGCGAGAGCGGGAUCUUCAGCGGAGAGAAAACACACUCGUGCAGCAGCAGAGCAGCGCUCACAGACUCCGAGUCGUGGAGGAGGAGAUGCUCAGACGCGUACAGCAAUAUCAGCAAGAGACAAAUGAGCUGGAAGCUGCUCUAAAGCAGAAGAACAAAGAGAAUAAGAGGAUGAAGUCCAGUUUUGAUUCCAUGAAGGAAUUAAAUGAUUCUAUGAAGAAACAGAUUAAUGAGGUCAGUGAGCAGAACAGAAAGUUGGAAUGUCAGUCUCAGAAAGUUCAAGCUCGGCUGGAGAACCUGCAGAGAAAGUACGAGUCCUUCACGACACACAGGGGCCGAGAAACUGCUGUUCCCCAAGCCUGCAAACCAGAAAAUCCUCCGUCAAAUAAAGCAGCAGGAAAGGCCGCUGUCCUCGGGCCGUCAGUGAAGCUGCUGGCGGUUCUGUUAGAUUGGGUCGUGGACGGUCAGCUCGUAGAGGUCAGGGACGGGUCAAACCUCACGAACACGAACGCCCUACGCCCUUCACUGCCUGAGAGAUGUGCCAAGGCGCUGCCUGUGCUGGUGGAGCAUCUUCAUCAGGCGUCAGUGAUGGAGUCGUCUCUCCUGCUGUCUCUGAUCCGCUGUAUCUACUGUUGUCUGAUGCUUCUGGAGCGCAGCACACAGCACGCUGUCCUGACGUCCACGCUGAGGAGGCUGGGUGACGAGGUGUCUCGAGGAUCAUGUGACCCGGCUCGUCCGCGUGUGUGUCCACUGUUUAAGAGCUCCUGUCUUCACACACGCUUUCUGUGCAGCCUCAUCAUCAUCAAAACCAUCAGUCAAGUGGACGUUCUGGCUCAGGCUGUAGACGUGCUGUCGUGUGCGGUGCGGACCGAUGAAGGACAGGCGCUGUUCCUGGAGUACCAGGCUCUGCCGGUGGUUCUGGUUCUGCUGAGAGGAGGGAGUCCGGGUCUGCUGGCUCGGUCCACAGCUGUCCUGAUACAGAUGAGCUCAGAGUCACGGUUGCUGUCGGCUUUCCUGGAUCAGUGCAGCACAGAGGAUUUCUUACGCUGCGCCUCGAUGUUCCUCCGUAACCCUCGCGUGGAGCCGUCACUGGUGGAGAAGAUGCUCAUGCUCCUCCAGAAGCUCUCCAGUAUCCGGAAGAACAAGCGUCUGUUUGAAGUGUCGUCGCUGCAUUUGUUGCUGCAGGAGAUGCACCGAACCGCUGACCGUUCUCAAGCCUUCCUCAACAUCAACCUAAGCUCCAUCCUGCUCAAUCUGGGCAUGCUAAAACGCUCAUAACACGCCCAUAACACACUCAUAACACGCUCAUUACACGCCCAUAACACGCUCCUAACACGCUUAUAACACACUCAUAACACUCUCAUAACAUGCC